AUGAAGAUGAAGAUGAAGAACAAGAGAACUUGUCUCAAAUCUAUGAAGAAGAAGAAGAACAGAACUUGUAUCAAAUUUUCACAACAACAAUCUCUUUCUUCUACAAAUUCAAUUAUAAUUGCACAACCUGAUUUUGAUUUUUACUUACCUGAUGAAUGCUGGGAGCAUGUCUUCUCAUUCAUCAUCAAGCCCGUCAACCCUGUCGAUGUCACCACAUUCAUCAUCAGCCCGAUCUUUAUCGACACUGAAGCCAUAAAUAAACUCCACUUUAAAUCCCUAUCUCUAGUCUCAAAACAAUUCCUCUCCAUCACCAACCGUAUCAUAUUCUCUACCACAAUUAAUUAUCAUCGAAUUCGUUUACUCCCUCGUUUCUUCAGUAGAUUCUCCAACCUUAAUUCCCUUCACCUCUGGUUCUUCUCACGUGAUCUAGAUGCAGACAUUGCCCUGGCUCUCCGUGACAGACCAACAUUGAAAUCUUUAUGUAUGUCCAUGAUUGACCUGACUGAUGCAAAGUAUAUUACUUCACGUUACAUUGAUUCCUUGCUGAGUUUGAAGGGUUUGAAUUCUCUUAUGUUCUCAGAUUCGCAAAUAUCGGAUGAUUUGCUUUACUCUAUUGCAAGAGAGGGUCUUCCUUUGAAGAAGUUUGUUCUUGAAGAAUCUACGGGUUAUAGUUACCAUGGAAUUUAUGAUUUAUUAUCCAAGUGUCACGGGAUACAACAUUUGGGUCUUCAACGUGUUGAUUUUCUAAAUAAUCAUCAUGUUUCCCAGUUCUCUUUGCUUCUUCCUGAUAUGGUAUCUAUAAACCUGAGUGAAUGUCCCAACCUCACAGAAUCAGCUUUGUUUGCACUCAUUAAAAACUGUCAUUCACUCGCUGAGAUCACAAUAGAAUGCGUAUCUAUUGAUAGUGAGAGUGUAGAAAAUGCAUAUACUUUUAAAGAUUUUGAUAUCAACCUUCAAUUAAAGUCUCUACAUUUUUCUGCCAAUUCAUUUAUAAACGACGAGAUCAUCAUAUUGUUUGCUUCAAUUUUCCCCAAUUUGCAGCUUCUUGAUUUGAGUUAUUGCUAUUACAUAUCUGGAAAAAGUAUUUGUCAAGUUCUAACUAGAUGCAGUAAGGUUACACGUUUGCACUUGACCAAGUGUGAAAAUGUGAAACGAAUUAAAAUGAACUUUGUAGCUCCCCAGCUAGAAGUGUUGGACUUGUCUGGCACAAGUAUUAAUGAUAAAACACUCUAUGAGAUUUCAAAGAGUUGUCGUAGACUUUUGCGACUAUUACUAAUAGGUUGUAAAUAUGUUACUGAAAAAGGGGUGAUGCGUGUGAUUGAAAAAUGCAGACAUUUGAAAGAGAUCUAUUUGAGAUGUUGUGAUAAAGUGAAUGUUGAUGCUAUUAUUUCAUCAAGUUCAUCAUUAGAAAAAGAUAAGUUGUUGAAGUUGCUGAAGUUUUGA